AUGUUCGAACUUCCGUAUAAGCAUGAGUGGAAUUGUUUUUCUUCUGUUGUGGAAAUGUGCGAUAUACGUGAAACAUAUCGACGAAGCUCUAGUCAUACGCGGCAUCUGUGUUUUAUGCGAAGAAGAACACGACGCACUUCAUCAUUCUUUUCAAAGCGUUUCUUGCUGAGUCUUUUCAAUUGUUGCCUUCCAAGUUCCUGUAACUCGAAAGCUAAAUUGCAUAAAGAGAUGGCUGGACCGGUUGUUAUUCCUGCACGUGAUAAGCAUACGGCAACUAUCAUAUUUCUUCACGGUCUCGGUGACACUGGUCAUGGCUGGUCUUCGGUUUUUGCGGAUGAAAUACGGCAUGAUCAUAUCAAAUAUAUCUGUCCUCAUGCCCCAACAAGAGCGGUCACAUUAAAUUUUGGCAUGCAAAUGCCAGCAUGGUAUGAUUUGUAUGGACUAACACCGAAUGCAGAAGAAGAUGAAGAAGGCAUCGAUGAAUCAGCAAUGAUCUUACAUUCCAUAAUAGAUUCUGAAAUCGAUUCUGGUAUUCCAUCGGAGCGUAUAAUGGUAGGAGGCUUUUCAAUGGGUGGUGCAUUAGCACUUUACGCCGGACUGAUAUAUGAUAAACCACUUGCUGGAAUAAUUGGUCUCAGCUCUUUUUUGGUACAACGCACAAAAUUGCCUGGGAAUCACACAGCUAAUAAAGGUGUGCAGAUAUUCAUGGGCCAUGGUGGUCAAGAUUUCUUAGUGCCCCUUUCGUUUGGCCGGAUGACAGAAGCAUAUAUCAAAGCUUUUAAUCCGAAUAUAAAUAUGAAGGUAUAUCCAAGAAUGGCACAUAGUAGUUGUCCCGAGGAGCUCGUUGAUGUUAAAGAAUUUAUUGCACAACGAUUACCACCGAUAUAG